GCUUGUGGAAGAUCUUAGACUGUCGGACAGCGAGGAUGAAGCAAAUUGUGAGGACAUGGAUGAUACAAAACCAAUGGAGGAAAGUGGUGAUCCGCCGCACCCAUUGCCUACUCAAGUAACUUCGCAUCCGCCACCUACCAAACGUGCCGAAUCGAUUCCUGUUCAGAGGAGCGUUGUCGACCUUAAUAAUCGGUCACCGAAGCGCCCUUCGUUGGCAGAGAUGAUAAGUCCACUCGAGCGUGCUAUUCCGCCCUUCAUUAGUCCGCUGUCAACCGUUGAUAAUUUGGUUCUUCCCAAUGGAGCCUCUUUUGAGAAUGAUGUCGGGGUCUAUACCGAAGCUGAACCUCCUACCAGUGUCUCGUGUUCCACCUCAACGGUCUUGCCAACUAACGCUAAUCUAGAGAGCACCCCUCGUUCAGCUUCUAACUAUCAUCCUGAGGCCCUUCGACCAUCCUUUUCAGCUCUGCACUCCAACACUUCCGCCAUAGUAGAAUUCGAUCGAAACCACUUUAACUGUCCAUCCACUGAUCAUCCUGAGUACUCGGACACCGAGGGCUGGGCAACGGUUCUCUCCUCUGGUCAUCGCAAGAAUUCGCCCUUAUCGUUAUCUCAUGCUUCCAAGACCAACGCCCGUACUCAGCGAUUAUCUGCUGACAAUGUGCUUCGUGCACCCAUCUGUCUACAAAGCGAUCGUAUCAGGCAGUUGGUUCUCGAAUCUAAAGCAGUAUUAGCUACAUCUGAAAAAUGUUUUGUUAAAAAUCUCUCACCGGAUACGUUGUCAUACUGGCGGUUAGACACUGCGGUAUCAGUUGUGGAUAAAGAAAACUGUGCUCUACGUGACAAUAGUGUGGUUGAUCUGAUUUCAAGCAAGACGUUGAAUGGUGAAGUUGAUAGUUUGAAGUUGGAUACAUUCCAUCUUGACUAUCGCUGUUCUCCUGUGCUUGCAAUCUCCCCACUAAGGCCAUGCGGCGACGCAGCUGCCUUAUCAGAACCCAUGGGCACUACUUGCACCAACUUCAUUCGUGGCAACUCUUUUGUCACAGAUGUAAGCUUAACGAGUUCAUUACGCAUGUCUUCUUGCGAGAUGCCCAUUCUUGACAAACAAAAGGGAAAUCUGGUUAGCGGGAGGCUCGAUCAGGCCAAUACCACCCCUACUUCUUCCCAGCAUGUUCGUCUCAACAAAGUUUCUGAAGUUCCUCUUGUUGAUGGGCGCGGUGCGACUGCUUUAACCACAUCUUCUCACAGUCUUUGUGAGCACGGGAACCUAUCUGUUGCGAAAGAGUCGGCUUCUCCCUCCUCGAUUGUGAGUGCAGGUACGCCAGAGAAGAGUUCGGAAAGUGUAAAACACUUGUUAUCUGUGGAUAAUCCUUUUGCUGCGGAUGAGGCCACGAACUUAACGAACCAAUACAGCGCUUCUUGCCAUGCACAACCAUCCGACCGGCUUAACAUGCCACCUCCGGAACCCAGCUUCAAAAAACUGAAACUUAAUGGACCUCGCCUACCAAGUUCUGAGGCAAAGUCCUCCUCCCCUGUUGGAGAGAUUGCUCUAACCUUGAUUCCUGCGACCUCGCCUGUUUCCAGCGCUAGUGAUCUCCGUCUGAUGAAUCAGGAAACCACACAUCAAGUUUCCACUACCACUGCACAUCAAUCUCGUGUCUGUGAAUCCCGACCUCCGACCGUUCCCUCAUCCACUCCUGUUCUUCGAUCUUUUCCCUCGAAUCGAUGGAUAUUCACCAACCUCCCACUUACAAAGGUUCGGUCAAAAUUGCAUUCUGUCAUUCGACAAUCAGGAAGAAACGGUUUCUCUCAAUCAACUCUUGAACAAUUUCGGUCGGUUUUGAAUUCACCUACAUGUCCGAAUUCGCAAUUAGAUGCAGAUUUGACCGAUCAUAGGCAUACGAUGAACUCGCGCUCACUGACAGGUGUUCUGUUAGUUCCACCUGAAUCACCGUCUUCCGAUGCCGCUUUCCACUUUUCUCCGAAGACUCAUCUUAUCGAUGCCUCCACUAUGACUUCACCUACACAUGUUCCAGACGUCGAGGUAUCUACACAAUGUACUCCAGUAAAAGCACAGUCGAAUUCACCGAUAUCCCCACGGGGGCUCCCAUGUGCUAACCUCUUGAGUUUACCCACAGCUGCUGAUGAUCGGGCUUGUUCUACUAUACCAGUGGAUCAUACGAAUGUUCUGUCGCGGUCCAUGCAUGUUGGUGGGACAUUUAUGCAAUUAGACGACAGUCGUCGAUUUAAAUCAGAAAUGGAAAAGAGAAUUCCCGAUACAACUGUGGAGACUGAACUUCAUCUAGCUGAGUCGUGCAAAGCCAAAGUCUCUCGGUGCUGGAAGUCACUAGUUUCUGCUAUAUCCACAAGCCCCGCCUUCACAACUGGUUCACACUUCGAUACGCGAUAUCGGUUACUGUUCACUUCAGACGCAUUACAUCAAUACCCAGUCGAGUUGCUUCGGGCGGUUCGUCAUCUGGUCACCGCGGCUCAUCUGCUAGAAUGCACGGGUGACUUUCUGAAGGCGGCAGGUGUUUUAUCUGAAGCUUCUGAUCUGCUUUCACAUUUAAGCCAACGCAUGCGACGUGUUGAAGCUAAGCUAACCAAGAGGCAACUCAAACAUCAGAGCUGCGUUGACACUACGUUUGGCAUGAAUUCAGAAACCUGUGCACUUCACGUGAAACGCGAUGUUGCCUGGAUGCAUUUGUGGUACUAUGCUCUCGGUCGCCUGCACUCUGUCGUACAUUUUCGCGACUUUCGUUUGCGACAACUUGCUUCUCAGGCACUACGAACCCAGAUUGAAGAAGAGCUCUCCAAGCUCGGAUUACAUCUUCGGUUCAUUGACGACGUGGAAAACAAGUCAUGCAAUGACACAGUGAUCUUGUCCUCGAUCUCAUUCCAGCGGAUCAUUCACCUUAUUCAUCUGGAGAAAAUGACUCUUCAGGCACUAGCUGAAUGGGACCAGUCCGAGCAGAUGGCCACCGAAUUACCUCAAUGGCUGCCCGCUUCACCUGUAGGACCCAUUCCCACACAAGAAAAUCCCUCCUACCCUAGUCGCUUGAUCGAUGAUCGCAUCUUUGGCCUGACUGCCUGUUCCGCUUUAUACGGCUGGCAAACAAGUACUGGUGCAUUAUUGUCAUUCAUGGAUAGUAUCAUCGAGGUUCACAGCUUACUCAUCAGUCGCCUAAAGUCUGCUCAUGACUCCUCCCAACUAGGUCCAUCGGAACAACUGUGCUCCGAUUCUACCCACUUGGAUAAACCCAUAUCUCCCAUUCGUGAACACCAGAUUUCUGGAUCACGGUUGGUAACCAAAUGCAAGGAAUCUUACAAGAACAAUUCCUCUGGGCAUGGCUCCACUCCUCUGAAGCAUGUGUAUGAACGUAAGUCUGUAGGACGCACAGUAGCUGCUUUGAACAAAGACAUUCCAACUGAGCAACUCUGUUUGAAAGACAAACGAUGUAAGUCUGCCAAGAGGAGGUUAUUGCAAUCACCAGAUAACGCAAGAGCUGCUGUCAAUACCUCUCCUCCUAACACUGCUGCAGAUACGGAAUCCGAAACUGGUUUGGUACGGUAUUCUCAUGACAAUGCUGAUGUGGUCACUGAGAAAAUCAACUGCCGGACGUCACUGUGCACCAAAUCUCGCAACUGUGCUGACUCUCCGCAGUCAAAAUCUCAAAAAAGUAAAGCUUGUUCGAAGCAGUCCGGAGAACGGAUAAGAAAAACUGGGAAGUUGUACAGCCACGAAGUUUCAACCUCAUUGGACAGUACUUCCCCAGACAUCCACUCCACUGAGAUGAGACAUAAUCUCAAAGUGGCCAGAAGAUCAAGCUCAAAAACAGCUGCAGUUGCAUCUGAUUGUACUCCUAACCAGAAUGUUGCGUCUUCAGAUUGCCACUCCUCUCUCAGUCCUGCUUCCUUAAGAAUGCGCCCCAGAAGCAAGAGCCUCGCUUCGGUCGCUGCGAACAGGGUUAUCCGGAAAAAGGCACAACUACUAGCGGAUGACAAACGACCGGAUCGCGAGUGUGAACUGGCCAUGGAUUCUCAGUUUGAUGACCGUGUAUCUCAACCAAAACGCGCACGAACUGCCGGAUUUAUUAGUCGUGACUCCCCUGCAUCUUUCACAAACUCUGAUCGUUCUGAAUCCCCUGUGUCAAUUCACCGAUUGUCGACAUCAUCACAUACCCCUCAUCGCCGCAAACUGCGGUCUGCUUCUGUGAACAAAGGUUUACGGUUGUCACCGGCGUCUGUUAACGGAUCUAAUCGCAAUUCCACAAAUGAGUCAAUAGGUUACAGUCCAACAAAACUAAUGACUUUCAAUGACAACACCAUAUACAGAAACGAGUCCGAUCGCCACCAGUCAGUACCUGUGUAUCAUGUUUCUCGGAUCCAAACCAGUCCCGAGCAAAGUGUCAACCAAGGGGACACCGCAUUUAAACUAUCAGAGAAAUCAUGCAUGGAUGAAGUUUCUGCUUCUUCAUCUACUAAGAAUCCAAAUCGAGAUAGGGUUCCUUAUUUUUAUAAACGAUGGAAAAAUGAACCCCUUCAACAGAAUUCUCAAAGCAGGCCAACGAAGCAUACAGAUGGAUAGUUGUUUAAUGUCCAUUCUUUUUUCUAUCCGGUCUCGACCGCUUAUUGCAUUGUACAUAGUCCGAAUUUCCACCAUUCUGUACUGAUUCCCAGAUGUGGUGUUGGUCUUUCAUUUCCGGAUUCUCCUAUCCCUAAUUUGUUUAUCAGAUUUGUGAAUUCCGUGCAUUGUCGUUCGUAUGUGGACGGUACGUACCUAUCUGAACCCACAUUGCUUCCCUCCUGUGAUCAACUUGACUGUACACGGGUUAGUAGUGGGAUCUUUUGUCAGUCCCAGCAAUCACUUUUAAGUGUUUCAGAAGCCUCAAGGGAAAACCAUCUCCGGAUGGACAGGCAAUAUUUUCCCCGGUCUCAGUGCCUGCUGCUGCUUGCUUUUUCCUAUUCGCUUAUCCAUUUUUCUGUUCUAUAUUUUCCUGCUUCAUCACUCCAGUGACCACCAAUUUGGCUAAGAAAUUUAUUUUGAUAGGUCUGCCCGUUUUUAGUCUUAUUGAGGACUAAUGAACAUGCAUAUUACAGAAUUUGUCUCAUUC